GAAAAAAGAAAAAAUCUGACAGCAAAGAUAAGAAAAUUUCAGAAGCUGGGAAGAUAUUAGAUAGUUGUUCCCCAACUAAAAACGGUGGACAAGGUCCUUGAAAUGGAGUUGGCAGUGCCCACUUUAUCAUUUGCUUCCUUUACUACAACAACUAGGUUGCCCAAGCCUGGAAUUCAUAAUAUACUGAAUCCAACUCCACAAUCUUCAAAUGGAAUUAAAUUACAAAAACAAAAGAGAAAAGCACGCUCAGUAUCCUCUGCUCUACCAGAAACAGCUGCUUCUGUUGCACUUGCUGCCACAGUUGUGGGUGCAGCAGCUACACUUCUUGUGAGAAGAACCCAAGCUUCUGAGACAAAUGAGAUUCAGUUGAAAACAUGUGAAGACUGUGGUGGUUCUGGUAUAUGUUCUGAAUGUAAUGGUGAAGGAUUUGUACUUAAGAAACUGUCGGAAGAAAGUGCUGAGAAAGCACGGCUGAAUGCAAAGAACAUGGCUACAAGAUAUACGGCAGCGCUUCCAAAGAAGUGGAGUUACUGUACAAAAUGCUCUUCUGCUCGUUCCUGCAGUACUUGUGGAGGCCAGGGAAAGUUGAGCUACUAGCUUUGCUCUAAUCAUGUUCUUGCCCAACUUGGAUUGGCUCUCUACGCUGUCGGUUCGAAAUUAUGAGGCAGAGUGAGCUUGCAGUUUAUAGUUAGAAGUGAGUAAUUUUCUUGUCUAGUUCAUUGGAUGAUUUUAUGUAUAUAGUUUUACUUUUCAUUACAAUAUUGCAGAGGUUUCUCUGAUGAUUGUAAGGCCUGGGUUACAGACAAUGUUCAUGUGCUAUUAGCUUCCUUUACUUGGUUAUUAAUUUAAGGUAGCAAAGGCAAUUUUAUAUUUUUAUUUA